UUUUACAUCUUUCUAAAGUCUACCGCCAUCCCAACCGAGCUGCCUGCUGAGCUGGUGCUUCAACAAUUACGGUUCAUGGUGAGGAAUGGGGAAGCCUCGUGCAAGUACUAUUUGUUCCCGAGGCCCCUGGCGCCUCGAACACUGCCGGCUUCCCGGUCGUGGCUGCCGGCUCAGACAUUGUCUGCAGGAUCGCUGAUGCACUACAGUGCCGGGUACCAUGGAAUCGAAUGCCUCGGAAUCGAUAUGCUCUGAACAGUGAUGAGAGCUGUCAGCUCCGACUCAGCAAUGCUACAGUGCCCUCAACUCUGCCCAUUAUCCACUUCUCUCUCUCUCAGCGCAUCUGGUCUGCCUGCCUCGCCCCCUACUGGAUCACGGGCUGCAUCUCGCUUAGGGUACUUAUCCAGCUCUGUGCUCUAUUUAUGUUUGUGAAUAUGACACUCAGUUCUCCCAUUAAUUCAGGCCUAGUUUCGGUUGUUCGUGAGGCAGUUGGUCUCGUUACUGGCUGUACAUAUCUAGCCGUCAUGCUUACGCUCCCGGUGCAAGCUCAGGAGGCACCCUUGGCUGGUUCCCAAUAGACGAACCUUUUUGUGGCCCAUAUACCAGUCCUUCGCGGGUAUCAGUAGCAGCGGCACAUGGGUCCCCUUUCCAGCAGUCGCGAUCAGCACAUUGACGCACACAGUUUGCUACA